AUGACGCCGGAGGCGGAGCAGGCAGCGGCGGCAGAGGGCUUGACACUGGUGCGCUCGUCGCGCACCAGCACCGGGUUCGAAGGCGUGUACGCAAAAUCGAAAGGCAACGGCUUCUAUGUGAGGAAAUCUGUGCGCGGUGCAAACCAGUACCUCGGUUACGCCGCGACGGCGCAGGAGGGUGCGCUGCUGUACGCGCGCCAUCUUGGCGCGGAGGCAUCGGCUGCGACCGAUGCAGCGGAGGAUGAGUCUAUGACGGCGGCGGAGGCGGAGCAGGCAGCGACGGCAGAGGGCUUGACACUGGUGCGCUCGUCGCGCUCCAGAAGCGGGUUCGAAGGCGUGUGCGCACACUCGAAAGGCAACGGCUUUGCGGUGAGCCGCAAGGUUGAUGGGAGAAAGCAGCAUAUUGGCUGCACCGCGACGGCGGAGGAGGGAGCGCUGCUUUACGCGCGCGAGCUGGGAACGGAGGCGUCCGCAGCAGCGGCGGCAGCGGCGGCAGCGGCGGCGGCCGAGUCUAUGACGCCGGCGGAGGCGGAGCAGGCAGCGACGGCAGAGGGCUUGACACUGGUGCGCUCGUCGCGCUCCAGCACCGGGUUCCAAGGCGUGUACGCAAGGCCGAAGGGGAGAGGCUUUAAGGUGACGCGCGAGCGUGAUGGUAGAACGCAGUACCUCGGUUACGCCGCGACGGCGCAGGAGGGUGCGCUGCUGUACGCGCGCCAUCUUGGCGCGGAGGCAUCGACUGCGACCGAUGCAGCGGAGGACGAGUACGCGGGACGCCAGGCGGUCGAGAUGUCGAAUGCAGCCGUAGAAGGGAGUAGAGAGGCACAACCAGCGACGGCGUCAAGGAUGGUCGCGCGCCACCUGGGGGCGGAGGCGUCGUUGGCGGCGGCGGCGGCGGCGGCGGCGGCGGCGGCGGCGGCGGCGGCGGCGGCGGCGGCGGCGGCGGCGGCGGCAGCUGAGUCGAUGACGGCGGCUGAGGCGGAGCAGCUGGCGGCGGACGAGGGCCUGGCGCUGGUGCGGUCAUCGCAGUCGCAGACCGGCUUCAAGGGCGUGUCGAAGCGGGGUGGGCGCUUUGCGGCUGUGUUCGGGUCGCACCAAAGUGAAGAGUACCUCGGCAUGGCUGCGACCGCGGAGGAGGCGGCGCUGUUGUACGCGCGCCACGUCGGGGCGGAGGCGUCAGCGGCGGCGGCGGCGGCGGCGGAGGCAGAGCCGAUGACGGCGGCCGAGGCGAAGCAGCUGGCAGCGGACGAGGGCCUGACGCUGAUUCCGUCGUCGCAGUCGCAGACGGGCUUCACGGGCGUGUCGAAGCACGGCAGCCGCUUUCAGGCUGUGUUCGGCCAUGCGCACCUCGGCAUGGCUGCGACGGCGGAGGAGGCGGCGCUGCUUAUCGCUCGCCACCUCGGAGCAGAGGCGUCGGCGGCGGCGGCGGCGGCAGCCGACGGACGAGAGGAGGCGAAGCGGAAGAGAGAGGAGGACGCCGAGGACAAGGCAGUGGCCGCCGCGGAGAAGAGAGCAGCGGCAGCGGCCAAGAAGCAGGCGCAGAAGGAGGCGGAGAAGGCGCGGAGGGAGGCGCAGAAGGAGGCGCAGAAGGAGUGGCUGCGGCGCUCGCAGGAAGAGCUCGCCGCACGACAGCGGCACGCGGCGGAGGAGCAGAAGCGCCUGCUGCGGGAGGCGGCCGAGCGGCGGGAUCGCGAGCUGGGGCGCGAGGCGGCGCAGCGACCAGGCACAAGUGCGCCGGCGGCAGCGGAGCUCGACCCGCUCGCGACGGAGCAACCGAUCGGCGCCAUCAUCGAGAGGGCGCUCAGCAGCACGUGCGUCUACCGUCGCCUCGGGGUGCCGCCGCACGCGCCGCGCGAGGCGUGCAGGGCCAGCUUCCUCCAGCUCGCCCGCCGCCUGCACCCCGACAAGUGCUCGCACCCACACGCGAAGGAGGCCUUCGCCGCCGUCGAGGAGGCCUUCCGCGCCGCACAGCGUGAGCAUCUCCCGGCCGCACCCUCGUCCUUCUCCGCGCCCUCGUUGCGAACGCUGGCGGCACCCGCGCUGCGCGACGAAGAGCUGCUGGCGGAGGUCGAGGCGGAGACGCGCGUUAAGGGCAAGAAGGGCAAGAAGAAGAAGAAGAAGGGCGGCGGGGCGGGCGGGGCUGCGGGGCCGUCGCAGGAGUCCGAGGCGCCAGCGGAGGGUGCCGAGGCGCCGUCGGAGGCAGCCGCAGCCGAGGCGGCGAAGAAGGCCGAGGAGGCGAGGCUUCUCCUGCUUCUCGAGACGCUCACCGAAGAGAGGAUGCGGCUCGGCAUCACGGCGGAGAGCCAGGCGGCGGCGUCGGCAGAGGUGGCCGAGGCGGCGCGCUUGGACGCUGCGGCGGACGAGGCGGAGGAGGAGGCGGACGAGGAGGAGGAGGCCGAGGCGGCGGCCGAGGCGGCGGAGGCGGAUGCCGAGGUAGCGCUGGUGGCGGCUCAGGCGGCGUUUGAGGAGGCGAGAGCCGCCACAAAGAUGAGGCGUGCUGCUGCCGUCGCUGCGAGGGCCAGGGCAGCCGCCGCCAGGAUGGCGGCAGAGGCGGCCCAGCGCUCAUAG